AGCAGCUGUCGCGGCCACAGUGCGUUGCUAAUUAUGUCUCUGAGGAGCAGCCUCUUGCGUUUCCUCCCCACUCAAGUGCAUUCUGUCCUGAAGAAAUCCGUCCACUCCGUAUCUGUGAUAGGAGCUCCAUUUGCACAGGGACAGAAAAGAAAAGGAGUGGAAUAUGGUCCAGCUGCUGUAAGAGAAGCUGGCUUGAUGAAAAGGCUUUCCAAUUUAGGCUGCCACCUAAAGGACUUUGGAGAUUUGAAUUUUACUCCAGUUCCCAAAGAUGAUCUCUACAACAACCUGAUAGUGAAUCCACGCUCAGUAGGCUUUGCCAACCAAGAACUGGCUGAAGUGGUUAGUAGAGCUGUGUCAGAUGGCUACAGCUGCAUCACGGUGGGGGGAGACCACAGCCUGGCAAUUGGAACCAUUAGUGGCCACGCCCGGCACUGCCCGGACCUUUGUGUCAUCUGGGUUGACGCCCAUGCUGAUAUCAAUACCCCGCUUACCACUUCAUCUGGAAAUCUCCAUGGACAGCCAGUUUCAUUCCUCCUCAGAGAACUACAGGACAAGGUACCACAACUCCCAGGGUUUUCCUGGCUCAAACCUUGUAUCUCUUCACCAGAUAUUGUGUAUAUUGGUCUAAGAGAUGUGGACCCUCCUGAACAUUUUAUUUUAAAGAACUAUGAUAUCCAGUAUUUUUCCAUGAGGGACAUUGAUCGACUUGGUAUCCAGAAGGUCAUGGAACAGACCUUCGAUCUGCUGAUUGGCAAAAGACAAAGGCCAAUCCAUUUGAGUUUUGAUAUUGAUGCAUUUGACCCUACACUGGCUCCAGCCACAGGAACCCCUGUUGCAGGGGGACUGACCUAUCGAGAAGGCAUGUACAUUACUGAGGAAAUACAUAAUACUGGGUUGCUGUCGGCACUGGAUCUUGUUGAAGUCAAUCCUCAGUUGGCCGCUUCAGAGGAAGAGGUGAAGGCUACAGCUGGCCUGGCGGUGGAUGUCAUUGCUUCAAGUUUUGGUCAGACAAGGGAAGGAGGGCAUGUUGUCUAUGACCAACUUCCUACGCCCAGUUCACCAGAUGAAUCAGAAAGCAAAGAAUGUGUGAGAAUUUAGGGACUCUGCUAUGUGUCGAGAGGUGUUUCACAAUGGGCAUUCCAGAAGCAUGGAGGACAGAUACUAAAUCAUUGUCCAGGUCAACAUCGCCUUAAUGAGAACAUUUGAGCACUCUUAUAUAUAAGUUUCUCCUUUCCAUUUCAGUGACCAAUACUAGUACUGUAAAUGUAUGUUUUUUUUUGAAGUUCACAGGAUGUUAAUAUACUGGAGUACUAUGUAAAUUUAAAGAAGUCAUAAACAGCAUUUAUUACCUUGGUAUA